AUGAAGAUAGCGUACGAUCGGCAAACAGGAGUUCUUCAACUUUCGCAAGAGGCGCACGUGGCAAGAGUCUUGGAGCUUUUUGUACUGGCUGAAUGCAAUCCAGCUAAGUCACCAAUGGAGAAGGGACUGCAACUGCAACGAGAGGGGACGCUAACUGCAGAACCCUACAGGGAGCUAAUAGACAGUUUAAUGUAUAUUAUGCUGUGCGUUCGGCCGGACAUCUGUUUUCUCGUAGGGUAUCUGGGGCGCUACCAACAAAAACCAACAGAAACACACUGGCAGUGCUUGAAGCGAAUCGUUCGUUACCUGAAGGGAAGUGCCAAUGCUGAAGAUCUGGUCAUUUUAAAUGAUGGUGGCCCAACGUUUUUCAACGGUCGGCACACCACCGCCAUUGACGUAUCCACAGCCAGCCGUUCUCUGGCGGGCAAAGUGCUCUGGUCGAUUAAGCCGGAUCUGUGUGGCAGCGACCACUAUCCGGUACAGAUUCGCUUAUCCACCACAUCGCCCCCAGAGAACACCCGAAGACCGCGGUGGCGCUACGGGGAAGCUGAUUGGGAGGGUUUUCAGCACACGUACCGAGCCCUCUCACAGAACCAGGAACCCUCGAACAUCCCAAGAAUCACGGAAAUCAUCUAUAAAGCCGUAUACCCAAAACUGGCUGUGUCCCCGGGUGGAAGGCACUCCGCUGGUGGAACCUCCCCAAACGAUCCAGCAAGAGAAGAGGUCCUCGCGAACUAUCGCCAGCAGCACAACAAAUGCCGACAGGAGAUCCGGACGGCAAAGCAAAAUUGCUGGUCGGACUUCCUGGAGAGUAUCAACGCUGAACAAUCGUCAGCGGAGCUAUGGAGUCGUAUUAACGCCCUUAGCAGCAAGCGGCGAUCAUCUCCGAUCCAGACACACCGAACAGACACCGUCACCAUCACUGAUCCAACCGUCGUAGCAGACGAACUGGGCAAAUACUUCGCCAAACUAUCCGGCAUCUCGGAGUACAGCGAAAGCUUCCGACAACAACGACGAUCUACCGAUCAACAACUCGUGUUCGCUCUCAGUCGGAGCAACGGGAACUCGGCCGGACCGGACGAAAUCGGCUACACGAUGCUAAAGCAACUUCCACCCGAAGGCAAAACGAAACUUCUCGACCUUUACAACCAACUCUGGACCGCUGAAGAAUACCCGGAAAACUGGAGAGAAAGCCUCGUUAUACCGUUACCGAAAACCAAUGUCGGAACCAAGGACAUCACUAGGUUCCGUUCCAUUGCACUGACCUGCUUCAUGGCCAAAGUCCUGGAACGGAUGGUCAACAGGAGGCUGAAGCAAUAUCUUGAAGCCAAUGGACUGCUUGACCAUCGGCAGCACGCCUUCAGGCAAAGGGAUGGCACCUCCACCUACUUCGCCACUCUUGGGGAAGUCCUGAAGGAGGCAAAGGACCAAGGUCAUCACGCGGAGAUCGUCUCGCUGGACAUAUCCAAAGCGUUCAACCGAACAUGGACGCCAGCUGGAUUGAAGAAGCUUGCUGAUUGGGGCUUGAAAGGACACAUCCUUUACUUCGUCCGGAACUUUCUGACCGACCGAUCUUUUCGGGUUUCGGUUGGAAACGUGAAAUCCGGAAGUUUCAGUGAGGAAACCGGAGUACCACAUGGUUCGGUGAUCGCGGUCACCCUCUUCCUGGUGGCCAUGAAUGGUGUCUUUGACCAGCUACCCAAGAACGUUUACAUCUUCGUCAGGACGAAACUGAGAGCGCAAGCGGCAGUCUCCUCGGUGGUCAGACUUGGCAUCCAGCUUUCCGCCGGCAAGAGCGUGCGCUGCCAUAUAUUUACCACCAGGCAUCGCAACAACGGACAGCCCAUCAUGAUUAAAAAACAAGCAAUACCGGCCAAAAACACCCAAGUAAAGAAGGACUGCCGCAGUCGGUCCAACCUGAUUAAGACCAUCUCCCACCCCCACCGAUCCAACAAUCAUGAAAUCCGCUUCCACGUAGCUCGAGCCAUCAUCGACAGUCGCCUACUGUACGAUGUAGAGAUUACAUGUCUUGCCGCCAAGAAAGCCGUCCAGAUUCUGGAACCGGUGUACAACGGCUACGUUCGAACAGUCUCCGGUCCCCUGCCCUCUACCCUGGCCGACGAUGCAUGCGUUGAAGCCGGUAUCCUACCUUUUCGGCUCGUUUUCACCGCAGCUACUACUACCAAAGCCACUGCCUUUCUCGCUAAAACGUCGGGGAACAACAGGAUCGUUCUCCUCGACGAGGCGAACCGACUCCACGGAGACAAAAGUUGGCAAUCGCACUAG